CUUAAACUCGUAGAUUGUGCCAACGGGCGGGCCCGCGCAGCAAACACUAGUUGCUGGUUAAGCGCAGCGUGGGCCCUGACACUCGGCAGAUUUCCUUCUUCGACUUAUUCGACGCCCGCUAACGUUUCUAAAUAUUUACUCACUUUCUUAAGCAGCAAGAAUGGGUGCGGAAGGGAUGACGUGCUCAACGCAGCGACAGGUUGGGGUUUUGCUGCUGGCUGCGCUUGCCUGUUGUCUAGGCAGCGCCAGGGCAGAUGUCUACAUUAUGACGCCCAGCUACGCGUUGGACCCCCUGCCCGACAUUCCUGCGGACUUCGGCCCCGAUAUCCCAGAUGAGGGGAUUGACGGGUUCUUAAGGUCCGCGGACCCCGAGGAUGCGUGCACGCCGCUGACGUUUGAGGACUUCGACACGCCGUGGAUUGCCCUGAUUGCGCGGCAGCAGCAACCGCACGCGACCAACUGUACCUUUGACGUCAAGGUGAUGAACGCUCAGGCGGCGGGCGCGCUUGCUGCCAUUGUGUACGAUGACGUGUACGAGAGCCUCAUCAUCAUGUCCAAGCCCAAGGGCCACCCGGACCCGCUGAUCCCGGCGGUGUUUGUGUCCCAGAAGGCCGGCAUCAUCAUGCGCAAGCUCAUGACGUUGGACGUCAUCCGCGUGCGCAUCACGCCGCUGAGCAACGUGGCCUGGCUGUCCAUGCUCAUGAGCGCCUUCCUGGGGUUGCUGGCGCUGGGGGUCGUGCUGGCCACGUUCUACGUCAUGCGCUCAUGGAGCAUGUGGAUCACGGGUAUGCAUCAUCGGGGUAUGGCCACCAACGGCGUGCCGGCCGGCCCCGGCGGCCAGCACCCAGGCGCCGCGCCGCGGCCGCCUCAGCAGCAGGACCACGGGCUGCCGCCGGACGCGCUGCGGCAGCUGCCCGUCAUCGUGUACGAGCCGCCAGCCUCCAAGGCGCGCACCUCGGCGACCCCCUCGGGCGAGCCCAGCCUCGCGGCCUCGCGCUCCGCCUCGCUGCGUCCCAGCGGCUGCUGGGGCCCGGGUGGCGCCCUCGAGGAGGAGGAGGACGAGCUGGAGGAGCAGGUGCAGGCGCAGGCGCGAGACGGUGUGAGGGCUGCGUUGAUGGGCUCGGCGGCCGAGGCGCGGGCUGCGCGGCGGGGCAGGGACCUGGAGCAGGGCUGCGGGGAGGGAGCUGGCGCCUGCUGGGAGGAAGAGCAGGAGGUCAUGGAGCAGGAGCAGGAAGAAGAGGAGGACCGGGCCUCUCGCAGUAGCAGCGACAGCGGUCAAUGCGGCGCGUUGGCAGCGGCGGUCAGCGGCAUGCGCACGCCGCGGCCGCCGGGCGCGCACGCGGGCGAGACGAAGCGCACGUGCGCCAUCUGCCUUGAGAACUACGAGGAGGGCGAGAAGAUCCGCGUGCUGCCCUGCGCGCACCGCUUCCACAUGACCUGUGUGGACCAGUGGCUGGGCAACCGCCGCUUCUGCCCCGUGUGCAAGCAUGACGCCUCGCUGCCGCUGCCGCAGUCGCAGCUGCCCGCCGGCGCGGCAGGCAGCAGCAGCGCCAACGGCGCCGGUGGGCAGCGCGGCGGCGCCGGUGGCGGUCAGGUGCUGAACGGCUGGACGCUGCUGAUGCAGGGCUUCAUGGAGCUCAUGCGCCCGCCCCGGUUCCCCGUGCGCAUCCUGCAGCAGGUGGAAGCCGUGCAGGCGCAAGCACAGCGCCAGGCCUCAGGCGCGCCGGCGGGUGGAGGCCAGCCCCAGCCGCCGCCGCAGCAACAGCAGCAGCAACGCGGUCGCCGCGGGCGGCAGCAGAGGCGUGACCGCACCGAGCUGCAGGAGCCGUUGCUGCUGCGCGGGCACCAAGUCGAGCAGCUGGCCGACAUUGAGGCGCCGCGGCCGCAGCCAGCCACAUCUGCUGGCGCAGCUGCUGUCGCCACCGCCGCCAGCGGUCAGGGGCCCAUCAACAUACCCACGCCGCCUGCGGGUGCGGCGGCGCACGGCGGCACUGGGGCUGGCGCUGCAGGGGCCGCGCCGCGCGCUGCGAGCCGUGCCGGCCCAGCGGCGCGUGUGCGGGCUGUGCUAGCGGGGCUGUUGGGCCAGACUGCACAGGCGGAGCCGGCAGUGCCUGGCGCAGCGCCGCAGCCGCAAUUCCCUUCGACACUGUGAUAGGCACAAAGGCUGUUGCGGCGCUGGCGUUGACAUGUCCCCAUGCUUGACCGCGUCCUCAAACACCCCCUGCAUAGGCGGAGGAAUGUGUAUAGUGCAUUUUGCUACACGUUUGCAGGCUUUCUGUUCUCCUGUGUGUCUGUGUCUUCAUUCUGUACAGUAGGGACAAAGACGGUUUGGAGACGGCUGGAUUUCCAGGCCGACUACGUCUGCCCUGGGGCUGCCUUGAAGGACGUCAGCGCUAGAACGCGCGCUGACUAUAUCUCAGAUCCAUCAAUCGUGUGCAGCCGCGGUUUGCGGGAAAGCGAUCUGCUGUGGACUUGGAUGCAGGCUGUUGUGUUUAGGGGCAUCACGUAUUCGUAGGUAUUCGGGAAGGGUCAUUGUCGCCUGUUGUCGCAGCCGCAGGGGGAGUAGUGGACGGCGAUGGAAUUGUUGUCUCGGCGGGCUCCAGUGUGUGGUGUCUGAAGUAUUGCAAUUGUUGCGUGGUAGACGACCGAUAGAUGACUGUCGUAUGUGUUCCGGUGACAAGCGCCUGCUGGAUUCGCCGUGGUUGACGGAACAGACGAAUCCAAUGGUGCAGUGCGGUGCGCUGGGUUGCCCAAAUUGCACCCGUGCUGUCCUUCGCGUGUAUCGUGUUUGCAUGAGCCAAACACCGCCGCAACUAGCCUCGCAACACACCCGCUACGCAUAGAACGUUAGUACGCAAUCAUACGUCAACGAAAUCAACUACUCCGUCCGCAUCGCAC